AUGGCUAGUGACCAGGGCCUGGCCGAUGAGACCCGAGUUCCUACCGCCUUGGCCAUCGUUACGAUUUUUACAGUACUUUCAUGCGCCUGCGUAGCCCUCCGGCUUUACACUAGGAGAAUAAUAUUGCGAAAUGUUGGGGCGGACGACUAUGUCAUCAUCGUGGCUCAAGUGUUCAACUUCGCAGUAUCGGCUGUAAAUUACGCAAUCCUUAUCGCUGGGGGCGCAGGGCGACACGUUCAGUUUGUUCAGGACAAACUGCCGGUUUUCUCCAAGAUGCUCUUCGCCGCUAUAGCAAUCUACAAUGCGACACAAAUUGCAACCAAGAUAUCGCUACUUCUCCAAUAUGGAAAGAUUUUUCCUGGUCGAAAUAUGCGACUCAUUUGCAACUGGGGCACCGGGUUUCUUCUAAUGUGGGGAGCUGCACAACAGAUCUUCACUCCGUUCAUCUGCACAUUCAAAGAUAUCACACACAUUCCGGAAGGAGUUUGCGUCGGCAAUAACACGCUAGCUGCACUGAAUGCUGUCAUGAAUUUAGUUACCGAUUUUCUCAUUCUCAUCAUCCCUUUUAAGCCUGUACUUCAACUGCAAAUCAAUGUUUUGCGUAAGGUAUACCUAUUGGCUAUCUUGUGCAUGGGCUUAGCUGUAUGCAUCAUCUCCGCAAUUCGACUUCAUAUGCUUAUCGGGCCCCACUAUGACUGGAACGAUAUCACAUGGCAAAUCGGAACUGUUGCUUCUCUUUCUACCCUUGAAACCAGCCUCGGUAUCAUGUGUGCCUGUAUCCCCACACUCCGACCACUAUUAAAGAGAUUUUCACCGAAGAUGGCGGGAUCAAGUGGUAAAGGUCAAUCGAGUACUGGCAACCAAUUUGCCACUAAGAGAGAGACGAGGUUUACGAGUAAUGGUCCUCUCAAGUCAAAGACUACCCACGACAAUGCCAUCUACAUCCAAAAAGAUGUCCAUUUUCAGAGCACGACGGAACUUAGGGAUGUGUCACCCAAAGAACCAUAUCAAGUUUCUCAACGAUCUUCAGAUGAUAUAAGCCUGUAA